CUUGUUCUCUCCUUUCCCAGUACAGACUCCCCCUCCCCCCGGCCCCUCAGGCCGGGGGUGACCUUGCCCCCGGGGACCCUCACCAUGAAUACCAAGGACACCACUGAGGUUGCUGAGAACAGCCACCACCUGAAGAUCUUCCUCCCCAAGAAACUGCUGGAGUGUCUUCCUCGAUGUGCCCUGCUGCCUCCAGAGCGGCUCCGGUGGAAUACAAAUGAGGAAAUCGCAUCCUACCUGAUCACCUUUGAGAAACAUGAUGAGUGGCUGUCUUGUGCCCCAAAGACAAGGCCUCAGAAUGGCUCCAUUAUUCUCUACAAUCGUAAGAAGGUGAAAUACCGGAAGGAUGGUUACCUUUGGAAGAAGCGGAAGGACGGGAAGACCACCCGAGAGGACCACAUGAAACUCAAGGUCCAGGGCAUGGAGCCUGUCUCCUGGCAGUGUCUCUAUGGCUGCUACGUUCACUCUUCCAUCGUCCCCACAUUCCAUCGGCGCUGCUACUGGCUGCUCCAGAACCCUGACAUCGUCCUUGUACACUACCUGAACGUCCCAGCCCUGGAGGAUUGUGGAAAGGGCUGUAGCCCCAGGGAGUGGCUGAAGUGGUCACGAGAGGAGUUGUUGGGACAGCUGAAGCCCAUGUUUCAUGGCAUCAAGUGGAGCUGCGGGAAUGGGGCCGAGGAAUUCUCUGUGGAACAGCUAGUACAACAGAUCCUGGACACCCACCCAACCAAGCCAGCACCCAGAACCCAUGCUUGUCUCUGUAGUGGGGGCCUUGGUUCCUGGAGCCUUACCCACAAAUGCAGCAGCACGAAACACCGCAUCAUUUCUCCCAAAGUGGAGCCCCGAGCUUUAACCCUGGCUUCUAUAUCCCACUCCCAGCCCCCUGAACCUCCACCACUGAUAACACUAAUUCUUCCAGAGCUCCCCAAGGCACAUACCUCCCCAUCUUCCUCUUCUUCCUCUUCUUCCUCUUCCUCUUCUUCCUCCUCCUCCUCAGGAUUUGCAGAACCCCUAGAAAUCAGACCUAGUCCUCCUACCUCUCGAGGGGGUUCAUCAAGAGGAGGCACUGCCAUCCUCCUCCUAACAGGACUAGAGCAGCGUGCCGGGGGCCUGACACCCACCAGGCACUUAGCUCCCCAGGCUGAACCUAGACCUGUGAGCUUGGCUGUGGUUGUAGGUUCUGAACCUUCUGCCCUACCAACUCCUCCCAGCCCUGCCUUUGACCCUGAUCGUUUUCUCAACAGUCCCCAAAGGGGCCAGACAUAUGGAGGGGGCCAAGGUGUAAACCCAGACUUCCCUGAGGCAGAGGGCACUCAUACACCCUGUCCUGCCCUGGAACCUGCUGCUGCCCUGGAGCCCCAGGCAGCUGCCCGAGGUCUCCCUUCACAGUUGGGAGCAAGUGGGAGAAGAGGAAACCAGUUCUUUAUCCAAGAUGAUGAUAGUGGGGAGGAGCUCAAGGGCCAGGAAACUGUGCCACCUGUACCUUCACCCCCUCCUUCAUCCCCAUCCUCACCUGCCACCUUGCAGCCAUCAGGCAGGGUAACAAGAGGAGAAGCCUUGUUUGGGGGCUCUGGUGGCACCAGUGAGCUAGAGCCCUUCAGUCUUUCAUCAUUCCCAGACCUUAUGGGAGAACUCAUCAGUGAUGAAGCUCCAAGCAUCCCUGCCCCAACCCCCCAGCUCUCUCCUGCCCUUAACACCAUCACAGACUUUUCCCCAGAGUGGUCCUACCCAGAGGGUGGGGUAAAGGUGCUCAUCACAGGCCCUUGGACGGAGGCCGCAGAGCAUUACUCCUGUGUCUUUGAUCACAUCGCAGUGCCAGCCUCACUUGUCCAGCCUGGUGUCUUACGCUGCUACUGUCCUGCCCACGAGGUAGGGCUGGUGUCUUUGCAGGUGGCAGGGCGGGAGGGGCCCCUCUCUGCUUCUGUGCUCUUUGAGUAUCGAGCCCGCCGAUUCCUGUCUCUGCCUAGUACACAGCUUGACUGGUUGUCACUGGAUGAUAGCCAGUUCCGGAUGUCCAUCCUGGAGCGGCUGGAGCAAAUGGAGAAGCGGAUGGCAGAGAUUGCAGCAGCUGGGCAGGCACCUGGCCAGAGUCCAGAGGCUCCUCCAAUUCAGGAUGAAGGCCAGGGCCCUGGUUUCGAGGCACGUGUGGUGGUUUUGGUAGAGAGCAUGAUCCCACGUUCCACUUGGAGAGGUCCUGAACGUCUGAUCCAUGGAAGCCCCUUCCGAGGCAUGAGCCUUCUGCAUCUGGCUGCUGCCCAGGGCUACGCUCGACUAAUUGAGACUCUGAGCCAGUGGCGAAGUGUGGAAACUGGAAGCUUGGACUUAGAGCAAGAGGUUGACCCGCUCAACGUGGACCAUUUCUCUUGCACACCUCUGAUGUGGGCUUGUGCUCUGGGACAUUUGGAAGCUGCUGUGCUCCUUUUCUGCUGGAACCGACAAGCGCUGAGCAUUCCUGACUCUCUGGGCCGUCUACCCCUAUCUGUGGCUCACUCUCGGGGUCAUGUGCGCCUUGCCCGCUGCCUUGAGGAACUGCAGAGGCAGGAGCCUUCAGUCGAGCACCCACUUGCUCUAUCUCCACCCUCCUCUAGUCCAGACACUGGCCUGAGCAGCGUCUCUUCACCCUCGGAGCUGUCAGAUGGCACCUUCUCUGUCACAUCGGCCUACUCAAGUGCUGCAGAUGGCAGUCCUCCCCCUGUACCCCUGCUGGCCUCUGAAAUCACUAUGGAGAUGAUCCCAGGCCAGCUUUCUCCUGGUGCCACCGAGACACCCUUACUCCUCAUGGACUAUGAAGCCACGAGAUCCAAAGAGUCUGUUCCCUCCCUUUCUGGCCCCCCACUAGCCCAGAAGGAUGGGACUCCUCCAGAGGAUGCUGGCAGCCCUCCAGCUGUGGAUGUGAUCCCGGUGGACAUGAUCUCACUAGCCAAGCAGAUCAUCGAAGCCACACCAGAGCGGAUUAAACGAGAGGACUUCUCGGGGUUACCUGAAGCUGGAGCCUCACUGAGGGAGCAGACAGGCACCGUUGGGCUCAGUGAGACCAUGUCCUGGCUAGCCAGUUACCUGGAGAAUGUGGACCAUUUCCCCAGCUCAGCCCCUACUAGUGAACUGCCCUUUGAGCGAGGACGUCUAGCUAUCCCUCCAACACCUUCCUGGGCAGAGUUCCUCUCUGCUUCUACCAGUGGCAAGAUGGAGAGUGACUUUGCCCUGCUGACACUCUCAGAUCAUGAGCAGCGGGAACUCUAUGAGGCAGCACGAGUCAUCCAGACAGCCUUCCGAAAGUACAAGGGCCGAAGGCUGAAGGAGCAGCAGGAGGUAGCCGCAGCUGUGAUCCAGCGUUGUUAUCGGAAGUACAAGCAGUUUGCACUCUAUAAGAAAAUGACGCAGGCGGCCAUCCUCAUUCAGAGCAAGUUCCGAAGCUACUAUGAACAGAAGCGGUUUCAGCAGAGCCGCAGAGCGGCUGUACUUAUCCAGCAGCACUACCGCUCCUACCGCCGCAGGCCAGGGCCUGCUCACCGGCCCUCAGGCCCCCUACCGGCCCGAAACAAGGGCUCCUUUCUCACCAAGAAGCAGGACCAGGCAGCCCGGAAAAUCAUGAGGUUCCUGCCUUGCUGCCGACACAGAAUGAGGGAAUUGAAACAGAACCAGGAGCUGGAAGGGCUGCCCCAGCCAGGACUGGCCACCUGACCUCUCCACCGCCUUUCUCCACACCCUGGGGGCCCCGGGCUGUCUUAA